UACAAGGAAAUCUGCAGAAAGUGUAGGGAGAAUUAACAAUUACAUCUUGGGAGUUAAAGGGUUAAGUAUCUUAAGAAUGGAAUAAAAGAAUUGUAUAUUACUAGUUGAAGGGCUAGUUGCAUAACUAUUCUACACGUGGGUACAAUUUAAUUUCUUUUGGUGAAAAUUUGUAUUGUUUUCCAGAUUCUUUGAGUACAGGCAGACCACACUAUGUGUUUGUGGCCAAUUAUUGUUGACAUGAGACAAACAAAAUCUACCAAGGUUAUGAAUGAAGCUCUAAAAUUUGGCCGGCCUGACGUUUCAUGAAGACGAAAAAAUACCACAAUGUAUUGAUUAACAUUUAAUUUAACUUUAUUGAGAUAUUCAGAAAUAGAUGUACUUUAGAUGUCAACAAUGAUUAACCACGAACACAUAGUGUGGUCUGCCUGUGCCCUAAAGGCAGCGGAAAUGCACUGCAGGGAAACAGAUACAGAUGGGUUUUUCUUUUUUCUGAUUUUUGCAGUCUUUAGAAAUAAUUUUCAUUUGAGACAAUUUAUUUAGGAUUAUUUAAAAUGUUUACAGGCCUCCGCGUUUUCUGUCACAGUUGUCCGCGGGUACUGGAAAACAAAUGUCGGUACACUAGUGUACACGAGAAAUGGCGGCGAAACAUGCUUCGUAGAAAAAGAUGGAAAACGCUUUGACAUCAAGUUCCUGCAUGGAGUGUGACGGUCCUUGGCACGUUUUAUCUUUGAAUAACCAACGGUAAACAGUGUGAUGUGGCAAUUAUAAUUCGUCAUUGGAAGAUUCCAGCAGACCUUCGAUGAAAUUUGUUUCUGUAUACAGGAGGUGAUUGGUGUAAACUCAUUUAAAACUGCUAACAUCAGCAGUUGACGUUUGAGGAAUUCGACAUGAAAAGCAAAGACAUAAAUUUGAUCUAAUCAGUCACAGUUGACGCUGAACGGUUACAAACUAAGGCAACUAACAUUUCGAUUGAUUAGCAAGAUGAAGGUCAGGAUUUCUUUCGGUCAAACGAUGUUCGUAUCUUUAGUGGUCUCUCUUCUGUUUUGCAACGCGUAUGCGGAAGAGCCUAUUGGUAAAGAGCCUAUCGGUGAAGAGCCGAUCGGUAAGGAGCCUAUCAGUAAGGAGCCUAUCAGUAAGGAGCCUAUCGAGCCCAAGAUCUGUGCUGACGACUAUGCUUCAGUUGGAAGAACUGUCUGUGAUGACCAUGCAGAAUGCUUGGAGGGAGAUGGUGCUAUUGCAUGCAAAUGCAAGGAAGGAGCUCUUGGUGAUGGCUGGGCUAUCAGCUCGGGCUGUGUUUCAGUGGAAGGUUCUCCUGAAGGUCAUCCAGGUGUGAGAGAGAGAAGAUGGUGGAUUUGGGGAAUGUGGAGCAGAAAUCAGGAAAUCAGUAAGUUACCUCUAAUUUGGUGCCAAAUAGAAUAAGGACCUUAAACAAACCACAACUGCAAUGGCAAAAAGGAUAUUGCAAAACAAGAGAUCUAAUGGACAGAGCAAUUGCUGUUUUAAAUUUGUUCAUUUCUCAGGCAUUGCCUAAAAAACAACAACAUGAAAUUGUCAAUUGUCACGUGGUCUGAGAACAAAACGCAACAACAAAUUAUUCAAGUAUUUAAUUGCAACUCUGGGGCACUAACAUACUUAACGCUGAAACUCAAGGCGUGGUGCAAUAAUAGUCAGUAAACACAUCUUUUUCAAUUGAUGUCCACCUCAGCAUUGCCAUCUUGACUGCGUAAGGUCCAUAAUAUAUAAAUGUUUAAUGCUUUAAACCAUAAGAGUGACGAGCAUCUAAUUUCUCCAUACAAUAUCUCCCCUGAAUUAAAUAUUAAAAGUCAUGAGAGUAAAGGAAACUAUCACAAACUAAAAGACCAAUAGAUUAAUAAACAAACUCUCCUUGUUAGCACCUCAGGAAAUGCAUAGAGAACAGCAAGGAGAAUAUGCAUACUG